AUUGAAAGUGGUUUCUAGGUCCAAGAUUAGGUUUAAUCGCUGGUCGGGAAUCCAAUAAUUUUUUUGAGAACAUCUAACAGUAUCCAAACAAGCACUUGCCAGGCUUGGAAAUGUACUUAUUAGGGAGAAGAAGAAAAAAAUCCCCCUCGCAAGAACAGCUGCCCUGUGAACUAACACAAAGAAACAUUGUAAAUAACUGACGCUUCAAUCACCUCUAGAUUGAAUUGCAUGAAGUGCGUGUAUCGCGGUGUCACUAAGUCUCUUGAUAAACUAAAGUUCCUCCUCACGGAUAUUGUUGAAGACGGUGGAUGUGUGAACUGUGCUAAUAUGUAGACUGUUUUAAAGGGAUCUUCAAAUCCCAGCCCGGAGGUCUGGAGCCUGCUGGUUUUCUGUUCUACCUGAUAAGUAAUUGCACCCACCUGGUGUCCCAGGUCUAAAACAUUCUCUGAUUCAGAUGGGGAGAAGGAAAAAUCAGCAGUGGAACUGGCUUCAAGGACCAAAUUUGAAUAUCCCUGCUAUAUUCUACAGAUGUGUGACUGUCCUAAUAUGGACGCUGUACUCCUCUCCACACACAGGAAGGCCAUGAAAGAUAUCGCCUCUCUGGUCAAUAUGAUGAACGAGUCCUCAGCUUCUGUGUCCAUGGGCUCGGUCACUGGGGUCGUAGUGAAGCCCAAAGAGGAGACCGACAUCGAGGAAGUCUCCUUUGGAUACUCUUCCAACUCCGGCAUUAAGAUUGUUGAAAAUCGGGAGUCUCUGGGUGGCUUCUCUAGGUCUGUAUCAGUCACAAAGGAAGCAUUUGAAAAGGCCUACAACUUAAGCAACGGCAGUGCAUUUGCCGGUGUUUUCCGAUUCCCCAACAUGUCCAAGGUAUGUCUAAGACCAAUGGUCCUUUCACUGAAUUUAAAAAAUCAAACGACAGUUGGUAUGGUGCCACUAGGGUCGCAGAAUUCUGGUCCCAAUUUUCCCAGAAAUCCUGGAUUCCGGAUCCCCUACAUACUCCGUCCACUUUCCUGGAGUUUUCCAACUGGUAUUUCUUGGAAAACCAGAGCAUUUUUGGGAAGGUUUGAAUUUGGAAAUCCUAGGCGUUGCUAUGGUUGUCAUGGUUGUCAUGGUUAUCAUGCGCUCUCUUUCUUCCAGGAUGUAUACAACAGCACAGUUCUGUAUAACGAAGUGGUAGCGAUCGAGAUGGGCUGUUUCAUUCACAAUUUAACCGACAAGAUAAAUCUUAAUUUUCUAAACGUCCACAAGGGGGAAGCCAUUCCAUCGUGCCAGUCAUGGAACGGUGAAGGGAGUCAACCCAACUGGACAGACUAUGGCUGUUUGACCAUUGUGAUAGGGGACAACAUAACCUGCAGGUGUACACACCUGACUUUCUUUGCUGUGCUAAUGUCCCCUCCGAACCAGACUCUCUCAGACGGUGAUGUGAACUCUCUCACCUACAUCACCUAUGUGGGGUGUGGCGUGUCCAUGUUCUUCCUGGGCGUGGUUCUCUUCAUGCACUUCCUGAUAAAGAAGGCGAAGUCAAGCAACACCACCCAGAUCCUGAUCCAGCUGUUUCUGUCCAUGUUCAUGCUCAACAUCACCUUCCUGACCAACGGGUGGGUGGCCAGUCUGCAGAGCCCACUGGGCUGCCAGGUGAUGGCUGCGGCCAUGCAUUACUCUAUGCUGGCCACCUUCACCUGGUUCGCCGUGGAGGCCUUUCACCUCUGUCAGCAGCUCUACAAGUCAGGCUCCCUCCCCAUACCGCGCUACAUCAUGAAAGUGUGUAUCGCCGGGUGGGUGCUGCCCGGCACGGUAGUGAUCAUCCUCAUCAGUCUGGGUAAAUACGGAAAACAGAUCAUCUACACUGACGGAGGGAAGGAGGUGUACAUGUGCUGGAUCCUGGACAUUGACGUGCACUACAUAGUGAACAUUGGCUACUACGCGCUGGUCUUCCUCUUCACUUUCACCACCUUCAUCGUGGUUCUGAGCUGGCUGGUUCACCUUAAGAGCCCCAAGAACAAGGUCCAGCAGCAGGGGACAGGCUCCAAGGACAUAGUGACUGUGAUGGGGCUGUGCUGUCUGCUGGGAAUCACCUGGAGUUUUGCCUUCUUCGCCAACGGGGUCCUCAAGGUUCCCUCCUUCUACAUCUUCACCAUCCUCAACUCGUUCCAAGGUUUCUUUCUGUUCCUCUACUACUACAACACCAGUAGAGUAAUUGGGGAGACCACCAAGGACAACAGUACCAGUAGCAAAAGCUCCACAAUGUCCGUCACGGUCACCACCUUGGAGAACCCUUACUUUGACCUAGGCCAACACCACCCUGGAGAACCCUUACCAAUCAAAACUAAUCCCCAAUCCUAGACAGUGGAGGCUGGUGAGAGGAGGACGGAUCAUAAUAAUGUCCAGAAUGGAGAAAAUAUGUGUUUUGAUACCAUAAAAAAAGAUAUAUAUAUAUAUAUAUAUUUGUUCCAGCUGUAAAUAUGAGCCCGUACUCUGAUGUAAAGUACCACCAGCUACUACUGGCAGUGACACUGGAAGUCCGAGAGAAAUUAUAGUUCUCAGAGUAAAACAAUCUCUGAGCGUAUGGACAUUUUGCAGCUUUUAACUUGUAUUGUAGAAUAGACCAAGGUGACUGUACCCCACAUGUCCUGGUAAAUCCAUAGAUUUUUACUGACUUCUCCCCCAGAAUUUGGUAAAUAUUUAUAUAUUUAAAAAAAAAAAUUGUUUAAUA